CUCAUGAAACUAAACGUGUAUAAGUCCAUGGGGAGAGAUGAUAUCUAUCCUGGGGUUCCCAGAGAGAGAUGGCUGAUGUGGUUGCUAAGCCUCCCACCAUCACAUUUGAACGAUCAUGGCUUUCAACUGAAAUCCCUGGUGGCUGGGAAAAGGGAAACGUUACUCCAAUUUUUAAGAAAGGGAGAAAGGAUGGAGGGUCGUGCCCAGAGGUUAGUGGUUAAUGGAAUUAAGUCCUGCUGGUGACCCGUUACAAGUGGUGUCCCCCAGGGGUCGCUUCUAAUGUCUUAUCAUUGACAAAGAUGAUAUUGUUGAGCACACCCUCAGCAAGUCUGCAGACAACACCAAGCUGAGCGGUGCAGUGGAUACACUGGAGGGAAGUGAAGGCAUUCAGAGGGACCUGGACAAGCUGGAGCAGUGGGCCCACGUGAACCUCAUGAGGUUCAACAAGGCCAAACGCAAGCUGUUGCACUUGGACCAGGGCACUCCCAGGUACUUAUACAGGCUGGGGGAGAAUCUCCUUGAAAGCAGCCCUGCAGAGAAGCACUGGACAUAAGCCAGCAUUGUGCGUAUACAGCCGGAUGUCCAUCAUCGGCUAAAAGUCCUGGAGAGCAGGAGAGAUGCCUGAAGACUGGAGGACAGCCAAUGUAAUUCCAAUCUUCAAAAAGGUCAAGAAUUAGGACACAGGAAACUGUAGGCCACUCAGGUUCACAUCCAUCUCUGGGGAGGUGUUGGAACAACUUAUUGUGGAUAGCAUCUCAAAGCAGUUGGAAAAAAAGAAGUUGAAGAAAAAUGGAUAUCCAGAGUAGUAAGCUUGGAUUUAUUACAAAAAAAUUCAUGCUUGACUACUGUGGUAGCCAUUGUAGAAAUCAUGAAUGGCUGGGUAGGUGUCUUAGUAACCAGGCUUAAUGCUGGAUCUGACAGAUGUUUUGAAUCACAGGACCCUGGAAUGGCUUGGGUUGGAAGGGACAGUAAAGUCUGUCAAGUUCCAAACUCCUGCAGUGUGUUUAUUGCCACCCAGUAGAUGAGGCUGCCUGGUGCCCAAUCCAGUGAGGCCCUGACCAUCUCCACAGAGGGCAGCUCUCUAGACAUGGGGUCUGUGACAUCAGCGUUGGCCUGACGUUCACCUGACCUCUUUUCUGCCGCGCCCUCAGCCCCGUGAGGUGCUGACCGUGAUGUCACAGUGGCGGCAGGGAGCGGCCAUUGUGACCCGCGGGGCCGGAAGCAGAGCUAAGGCUGCGGGGCUGGGGCUGAGCUCAGUUCGGCUUGGUGAGGUGUGGAGAGAGCAUUGAUUCUCUUGUUUCUCGCCGUUGAUGCCAAACAUGUUCAGAGGGAAUGAGGAGGUUCCCAGCUCUGGGAAUGAGGAGGUCCCCAACUCUGGGGAGCCAGUGUGCAUGCUGUGCCGCCGCACACAGGUCAACCCCGACAUCUGUGGACAGAUAUCUGUCAACGGUGGGCUCUGUGCCCACCAGUUCUGCGUGUUCUUUGCCGACGGCCUCUUGAAAUGGAGAAGCCGAGUGGGGGGGAUUUUUGAGUUCCCCCCUGGUGUCAUCCAGCAAACAAUCCAGCUGGCAGACCAGAAGCACUGCUUUGUCUGUGGUGAGAGGGGAGCUACCAUCAGCUGCGCAGAGACAGGCUGUGAGCGCAGCUUCCAUCUACCCUGCGCCGAGGACGGGGAGUGCGUCACGCAAUACUUUGGGCAGUACAGGUCCUUCUGCUCGGAGCAUCGCCCUCAGCAGGCACAGGAGGCAGCUCCAUCUCCCAACACACCCUGCAUCAUCUGCGUGGAGCCUGUGGGGGACAGCACGUCCUACCACACCAUGAUGUGCCCUGUGUGCAAAGAGGCCUGGUUCCACCGGGGCUGCAUCUGGAAAUACGCCAUGCACGCUGCCACCAUGUGUUUCUACUGCCCCGUCUGUAGAUCAAAAGGGCCAUUCCGCUCCAAUAUGACCGCGUUGGGGAUCCAAAUCCCAGUCAGACCACCAUCUUGGUGGGACGACGAAUGGUUCCAGCCGCUGAGAGAAAGGUACGGGCGCUGUGAUGCCCAACGGUGCACCUACUUCAGAGGCAGGGAUACGGCACCAGUAAGCGGGCUCUGGGAGCUGUACCUCUGCACCUCUUGUGGAGCACAAGGCAUGCACCGGUACUGCUCCUUCUGGGGCCCAAUGAUCACCAGCUGGGAGUGCUCCAGCUGCGCUGGUCAAGAAACAGCCUCCAGCAAGUGCCCUGAGUUUUCCAGCACUUCCAGACGGGAGGUACCAGUGCCUUCCCGCAUAGUUACAGGACUUGAAAAUGCCAGCUCUGGUCCUGCUAGACAGGCAGCAUCCAGCCCAUCCUGCAGCUCCCAGCUGCCUGUGCUCAGAAUCCAGCCCAGAGUGCCGGCAACUGAGGAGACCACCACCUGCUCACAUCCAUCUGAGGAGCGGGACGCCUCUCAGCAGCACCAAGGACGUGCUGGGAGGAGAUGGGCACCAGCUGCAGGUGCUGAGAGCUGCUCCGUGAGCCCCACCAGGAGGAGGACAGCGUGGGCCAGCAGAAGAUCUGCAGUACCUGCACCCACAACGCGUCCUGGGGAGCGGGUGACUGGAAGAACAAGGAGCCGCUCCCCAUUGCAAGGCCGGGCCUCAGGCUCCCAGAGUCAGCCCCAACGACGUCAUGGUGGGAGCCAUACAACAGCCCGUGGUGCACAGAGCAGCACCUGCACCUUGGCCACACCAGCACGAUCGUGGUCCUUGAGGGUUCGUCUGCAGUCUGCACGCCGGAAACAAUCCAGGCAGCGAAGGCGGGCCCCCACUCGAAGCCGAUCCCUAGUGGGGCGUCGUGCUUCGGCUUCCCGCAGCCGGAGCCGAUCCCCAGUGGGGCGUCGUGCUUCAGAUGUCCGCAGCCGGAGCCGAUCCCCUGUGGGGCGUCGUGCUUCAGCUUCCCGCAGCCGGAGCCGAUCCCCAGUGGGGCGUCGUGAUUCAUCUUCCCACAGCCAGCCCUGAGGAGGCCGUGGAAGCCGGUCCGGGCAGCGGGGACAAGCCUGGGCACAAAGCCAUUCCCAGGCAUACCACCAAAGUAUAUGUCCCCACAGACCAUCCUGAAGGCAGCACAGUAGCAGCCAUGUCCCAACCACACUUGAUGGCUGCGGUCUCAAGCGGAAAGAAAACAAACCUUGAAGAGAGUCCACGUGUGUUUACUUCAUCCUUCUGUGGACCGCCCGGGCACACAGCCGCUCCCGGGUCCAACAGCAGAGAAAACAUCCCCAAAGACAGUCCCAAAAACAGCGUGAAAACAACCCUUGUCCCAUCUCUGCAUGAUUUUUAUCAUUCCAACCUAAAAAUAAUAAACCCUUAACAUAUUCCCCAAA